CGGCUCUCGGAGGUGAGGCGGUACCACCGCGUGUACAGACCAACCCGAAGCGCCGAUUGGUUGAGACUUCCAUCCAAUGAGAGCGCGCUUGCUUCUCGUCCAAUCGCAGCGCCGUACCCUUUGGCUCACGUGCGGCGGCCGUUGAGCUGCUCCGUGCUGGUACUGUUUGUUCGGAGAUAUACAUGGAGUGAGUGGAGGAAAAGCGAGACACAGACGACUGACUGGACGAGCAGGGAGGAGCCGAAGCUGAACCGGAGAACAAGACGGGAUUCACAGCUGAGUUUAUUCAACGCUAUCUCUGUGUUCAAGUUCCCUCAGCUUGUGGGGAACAGUUUCUCAAAGUAUAGUUUGCAAAGUCAGUUUCUGGAUUCUUCAAGCAGAAAGAUGAAUUCAUUGGGUAAAUCUUCCAAAUGGCCGUCUUAUGACUCGCUUCCCUCCACCUCAAGCUUCCCCCCCAGCGAGGACGAGGCAGACAUCUUCUCUGAGGGAGAAGGGGACGGUGUAUUAAAAAGCUCCCUGAACUCAAAGUUUAAUGGUGAUCAAUGUGAACUAUACCCCGAAGAAGCAAAACAUUUGUCUCCUGAAGCGGCUGCACUGAGGUCAUCAACUCCAGGAGACUUGACCUUUGCUAAGAAAUGUGCUGAUUUGCACAGCUAUAUCCGCCCUUUGCUGCAGCUUCUACAGGGAUUAAAGACUGGACGGUUUGACAAAGGCUUAACCAGCUUCCAGCAGAGUGUUGCCAUAGACAGAUUACAGCGGAUUCUUGGGAUCUUGCAGAAACCUGAAAUGGGUGAGAAAUACCUCCAGAAUCUGCUGCAGAUAGAGAUGCUGCUCAAAGUGUGGUUCCCUCAGGGGUCAUUCAAGUCCAAAGAUAAAUCCAAGCAGACCAGCACUGCCUCACUCGCUUUACAUCGGAAGAAAAAUCAGCUCCACAUGCCGGUCAAGAAGAGAAAGCUGAGCUGGUCAGACCCCGAUGUUGCUGACAGACUCCCGGCGAAGCAAAGCCACCGUCAACACAGUGAACACGAGAGGUGCCACGCUGCCGCUUCACUCGACACCGCUUCGACAUGUCUUCCUCUAUCUCCAGAAAAUCAGAUCACGUCAGAGGAGAAAACUGCUGACACAGAAGUGGAUAACUGCUCAGCAGGGCAAAGGUUUACAGACAGCACUGGCCCUUUAAGCAGGGCUUAUAUAUGCAGCAGGAGAGAAAGCGAGAACCCGAAGCUUACUGAAGUCUUUCUGCCCUCCUCGUGCCGCAGCCCAGCUACGCAGGACUGCUCGGUAUCUUCAAGCAACAGCGUUCCUACGACUGACUCACCUUAACUGGCUGAGGCUGACCUUGCUAUCACAUGGAGGUACCUCAGCUGGAGGGCGGACCGAAUUACAUAAGUAUAAGGCUUGGCGUGAAGCCAGUCUGCCAUGCCUGCAAGGCACAUUAAACCAGAGGAGGUGGAGGAAGAUACUUAUUAACCCCCGACUCUCUGGGUUUCUUUUCCUAAAGUGACUGUGUUAUAUUAUUUUUAUUAGAAGCUGUUGUUGUUUGCAGAAACGUAAUGUUUUUCUAUGAAACUAAGUUGAAGGAGCUUGGAUUUUUUUUAAUAUAUAUAUUUCUUGUGUGUUAAAGCCGUUUUUACUGUUUUUAUAUUUUUUUCAUAUUAUAUGACAGCCUGAAAAGUAGCAGCACAUCAUUCCGAAAAUAAUACCAAUAAUGAUUUUAUUAUUAUUGUUAUUAUUUUAGAACUACUGUUUGUAGGAAGGUGAUGCUUUGUGGAGAACUGAGUUAAAAUAGCUUAGAAAUAUUUGAUAUUUCUUGUGCAAUAAAGCAGAUUUUUACUGUUUUGUACUUUUACAUAUUUUAAGGCAGCCCAAAAAGUAAUGACAAAGGAUUUAAAAAAAAAAAGAUAAUAAAAGUAUUAGACGGGGGAUAACACUGUCUAAUACCACAUACCGUUAGUAUUUUUUACUGUGUCCUGCAGUAGUUUAAUGAGCCUCAUUGCUGAUUUCUGGCAAAAAAAAAAAAAUUUUGCAGCUUCCUUGGAUUUUUAAGAGAAUUUUACUGCAUUGAUAUUACAUUUACAAGAAGACAAGUUCUCUUCAUUCACAUCGCCUUCAAAAGCUGAUCUUUCUGACUAUUUGACAUAUAGUUUUCUUUAAGUGACUUGGAGACACUCCAAAAUUGAAAAGGAUCUUCCUUUGCCCAUUUUCUGCUUCCAGCUACGAUUAAGUUACUUUCCGAUAGAUUUUGUCAUCUUGCUGACUUGCAUUAUCUCACACUGUCAAGCGUUUUUACAGAUGAAACUAAAUGAUGUAGGAAAGACGUGCAACUUCUGCCAAGAUGUGCCAAACAAAGACAUUUUUGCAUUUUCAAAUUGUAAAUGGCUUCUAAUGAUGUCACAAAUAUUUUUAUUUAUUUUAUUUUUGUUUCUCCACUUACUAUGAAAAGGAAAAGGGUUUAUCUGCAAAAACACUUGAGCAAAAAAGAAAAUAAAUACUGAGCUGAAUUUGAUUCUGCAUAUUGUGCUAUUUAUCUUGUGAGUUGCCACCUUUUGCUUUUAUUGGAAAUAUGUUGCAGUGGAAAUUUGUAGCAAACAACUUAACAUAUUUAUGCCUUUGUGCAUCUGAGUUUGUGUAUCUGCACUUUGGAUGAAAAUGAGGAAAUGUUACACGUCUGUGAACAUCAACAAAGUUGUGAGAUUAUUUAUAAAAGCAUUACUUGAUAUUUUUAAUUCCAUCGGCUGGUUUGUGUUACACCUUAGAGGUACUUGUAUUAUAAACGUGUAUCCUUGUGCAGGGAAACAUUUGAAGAAUAGUAGUAUAAUAUAUACUAAAACUAAGCAUGAUGCGGAAGUAAAAACCAACUGCUGUGCCUCAUUUUGACGGAUUUAUCACUCUAUUAUUUCAUAAAAUUGGCAACACUCUUAAGUGCAAUAAGAAAUGUGGUAAAGAUGAAAGGAACUGAACCAUUUCCAUUUAUGAACUCAUUGUUUUUACUCUUUUAAAAACAUUUUAGUGAAAUUUUAUUCAUGUUGCAUGCCGUCUCUGAUGGUUUGUCAUCGUCAGAGCCUUACAUAUAAACACAAAUAACAGUGGAAAUUAUACUACAAAGAAAAAUCAAGUGCAUAAUUUUAUAAAUAAUAAAAAAAAACAUGUCACUGCAAACCAGAUGUGCUUUUUGUGCAGGUGUUUCUCAGGCUUCAUCAUUUUUUAUAAUUCAAUGUUACUUCAUGUAGAAACAGUAAGCACAAGGCAGAGAACAAAAUGUGUACAAUGAAACUUAGUGUUUUUGUUGUUAAACUAUAAUAUAUGACUAUAUUUGUGAAAUAAGACAAAAGUUCUCUCUUUGCAGUUGUAUGUUUUUAAAAAAGUCCAGUUGUUUUUUUGUAGAGGCCAUUUCUUUGUUUUUUGUAAAUCAUAUUGUCCUUACUGGCGAGUGCUUGAAAAAUCUUUUUGGAUAUUAAAAGACUGAAAUGAUUUAUCAACUCCAUUUUCUGGUUAAGAGUUUUUAAUGAAACACCAUGGAUUGCAAGAUUAUUUAUACACUCUGAAGUUUUCCACAUUACAGAAACAGACUUUAGUUUCAACACAAAAUAAUACAUUUGAAGUUGAAGGAA